CACCUUUUAUCCAUCAGGCUAGAGAAAGACACCCGAUUCAGCUACUUCUGGACAAGAUACUGUAAACUAAUAUGUGUGACGUUAUUUGCUGUACACACGGCAGGCUGCUUCUACUUCUGGCUCGCGACACAUUAUAGUCAAACAGAUGAUACGUGGAUUGGGUCCCAAGUUCCUGAUUUUGAAGACAGAAGUGUCUGGCUAGGAUAUACCUAUUCCAUGUAUUGGUCAAUUGUUACCCUCACAACAACUGGCUACGGAGAUUUGCAUGCACAAAACACGGGGGAGAAGAUUUUCUCCAUAUUCUACAUGCUUUUCAACAUCGGCCUCACUGCCUACUUGAUUGGGAACAUGACCAAUCUUAUCGUCCACAGUUCUGUCCGAACAUUUGCCAUGAGGGACGCCAUUCAUGAGAUCUUGCGAUAUGCAAGCAAGAAUCGCCUUCCGGAAGGCUUAAAGGAGCAAAUGCUAGCACAUGUGACUCUUAAGUUCAAAACAGCAGAACUUCAGCAAGAAGAAGUUUUACAAGAUUUGCCAAAGGCAAUCAGAUCUGGGAUCGCUCAGCAUCUUUUCCGCAAAACGGUAGAAAAUGCAUACCUUUUCAAAGGAGUAUCUGAAGACUUUAUUGUCCAGCUGGUUCCAGAGAUGAGAGCAGAAUAUUACCCCCCCAAAAUGGAUAUUAUCAUACAAAAUGAAAUACCAACGGAUUUCUACAUUAUAGUAUCUGGAGCAGUGGAUGUAAUAACACACAAAAACGGAACGGAUCAGUUCCUGUCAAAAUUAAUGUCCCCAGAUAUGCUUGGAGAAAUUGGUGUGAUCUUCAAUAUCCCUCAACCUUUCACAGUAAGAACAAAGAGGCUU